AUGAAGGCAAUCCUCUUCUUUGUGGUCUUUUUGGGAGGUAUCCUAUACGCUUCCCCUCACAACGACAACGAUAAGGAAUUCAAAGAGGUCCGAGACAAAAUAAAAAAGGAAGUCCGGGAGAAUGUCAUCAAGCUUAUUGGUGAGCUGAAUGCGGCGUUGGACAAGCACAUUGCGAUUGCCGACGACAAGUCAAAGAGUCGCGACGAAAAGAUCAACGCUCUUUUAGAGCUAAGACAGGAGAACCCGAAGGUGUACAACGUUCUGUGGUCAAUGUUCGAGAGAUUCAUUCCGCCCAGACUUUUCUAUAAGAGACAUGAGAAUCUCAAUGAGACCGAAAAGGCAGAAAUAGAUAAAGCGAAACAGGAAGUAAGGGCGAAGAUCAGAAAGGUGGCUGGUGAAUUGAGGGCAGUGUUUGAUAAAGGCGUCGCAAUUGUCGACGACAAGUCAAAAACUCCCAAAGAAAAGAACAAGGCUCUUUGGGAGCUAAGAAAGGAGAAUCCAGUGGCGAACGACGUUUUGGACGUCAUUUUAGAGCAAUUCUUUUCAAAACGUAAAUUCUUCGACAAAUUUGCAUUCGUGCUGUCAAAGCAACUGAAUGACACGGAGAAAGCGAAAUGGGGAAAGAUGGCAAAAGAAAUUGAAGAGGAGGUCACCAAGCUCCUCGGCAAACUGAACGCGGCGAUGGACAAACUGACUGCAAUUGCCGAUGACAAGUCGAAGACCUUCAGAGAGAAGGCCAGAGCUUUCCGGGAGCUAAGAGAUCAGAAUCCGAAGGUGUACAACGUUUUGCAAGCUAUCUACGAGCAAUUUACUCCAAAGUUCAGACAUCUCGGCAAAGUAUAUAGGAAGCUCAACGAUACCGAAAAGGAGAAAGUAAGUGAAGGGCUAAAGAAAGUCCGGGCAAGCGUCACCAAGCUUAUUGGUGAAAUGCGCGCAGUGUUUGAUAAAGGGACCGCAAUUCUUAACGACAAGUCAAAGACUUCCGAAGAGAAGAUGAAUGCUCUUUGGGAGCUAAGUAAGGAAAAUCCAAAGGCAAACGACAUUUUGAACAUCGCCGUUGACCAAUUCAUUCCAUGGAAACUCUUUCGAAGACGGAGAAUGCUGAGAAGGAUGUUCGGGAGACUGAAUGAAACCGAAAAGGCGGAACUUAAGAAGGCGAUGCAGGAAAUAAAAAAAGAAGUGCGGGAAAAAGCUACCAAGCUCAUCGGUGAAUUAAAUGAGGCGAUGGAAAAGCAGAUUGCGAUUAUCGACGACCAGUCAAAGUCUUUCGCAGAAAAGCACAAGGCUCUCUGGGAACUAAGAAAGCAAAAUCCGAAGGCCAACAAUGUUUUGUGGGCUAUUUUUGAGCAAUUCGUCCCAGUUCCAAGGCAUUUCCACCAUAUAAAGAAGAGUCUAAAUGAAACUGAAAAGGCGAAAUGGGCGGAAAUAAAAAAGGAAGCUCGGGCAAACGCCACCAAGCUCAUCGGUGAACUGAACACAAUGCUGGAUAAAAAGACUGCCAUACUCGACGACACGUCAAAGACACCCAAAGAAAAGUUCAAGGCUCUUUGCGCGUUAAGAAAGGAGAAUCCGAAGGUGUACAAUGUUUUACGGACCGUCUUUGCGCAAUUCAUCCCAAAGCGGGAGCUUCCGAGGAGAGGAAGACGUUUGCAACGACGGCUGUUCCCAAGAAGGCGUUUUGAUAAGAAAUAUGAGAAUCUCACGGAAACUGAAAAGGAGGCGAGAAGGGAUAAAAAGAGAAGAGAAGUGCGAGCAAACGUCGCAAAGAUUAUUGGUGGACUGAACGACGCUUUGGACAAACAGAGCGCUAUCUUCGACGACAAGUCGAAAACUAUUGAGGAAAAAAUGAAGGCUUUUUCGAAGUUACGUAGGGAAAACCCGAAGGCGUAUCGCGUUCUGCGCUUCAUGUUCAGGCAGUUCGCUCCGAGGCGGCUACAUUUUGAAAAAUAUGAGAGUCUCAGUGAGAAAGAGAAGGCAAGUUUUGCAUACGCCGAACUCGAAACAGUUAUGGAUGAAAUAAAAAGGGAAGUCCGUGCUAAAGUCACCAAAAUCAUUGGUCAACUAAACGAAGCUUUGAGUAAAAAGACUGCGAUCCUCGAUGACAAGUCAAAGACUCCCAAGCAAAAGCUCGAGGCACUCUGGGCGCUGAGAAAGGAGAAUCCUGAGGUGUACGACGUGCUGGGGGUUAUAUUCGAAGAAUCUGUUCCAAGACUUGGAUUGUGGAGAAGAAGAUGGUGA